ACCAGCCCACCCUGAUUCAAAGUAAAGUGUGAAUGUCCUUUUAUUGGCCUGAGGAGAUGUCCUGUUGUCUUCGUUGAACAUGAGGUCCGAAUCAACACUGGGUCAUCAGAGAUACUGAGCCAACACAAUCAAGGACUUCCAAGCUCCUGAUUGAAAACGAUUUUUUAUUUUUAUUACUUUGUUUCAUUUCCUAUCCUUUUUGUUGGUCAAUCCCAAAGGUUUAAUUUAGGAAUAUGUCUGCUGCAUAAACCUAUCAAUUAUUGACAUUUCAGUUCAGUUCAGUCUCAAUGGCGUUUUUAAUGAAAAAGAAGAGGUUUAAGUUUCAAAUCCAUUUUACAUUGGAGGAGCUCACAGCCGUGCCGUUUGUCAACGUGGUACUUUUCUGCAAGAUCCGAUUGUUGGAAGGUGGGGACUUUGCCGUCUCAUCAUCCAGGGAGGAGGUUCAGCAGAACUGUGUUCGUUGGAAAAAGAAGUUCUCCUUCGUCUGUAAAAUGAGUGCCAAUCCUACCACUGGAGUCCUGGACCGAUGCAUCUGCAGGGUUUCUGUACGCAAGGAGCUUAAAGGAGGAAAGACAUUUUCAAAGCUGGGCUUUGCUGACCUCAACAUGGCGGAGUUUGCUGGCUCAGGCUCCACCGUGCACUGCUGUAUUCUCGAGGGCUACGACACCAAGAACACUCGACAGGAUAACUCCAUUCUCAAGGUUACUAUUGGAUUCACACUUUUGUCAGGAGAUCCCUGCUUUAAAACGCCCCCCAGCACUGCCAAGUCCGUCUCUAUCCCGGGCCAGGACCCCUCCCUGCAGCUGGACUGUAAGGGCGAGGGUACCGAUGCCAACUAUAACCCUCCCCCAGGGAGCGUCACCAGGACAUCAUCAGGACGGCCCCUCAAACCCAGACUCCCCUCAGCUCCCCUCAACUCUGGUCUACCUAGGGAGCAGUUGGAGCAGAACCUGUCCAACCCAGAUGAAGUGUUUCACACAGGACACUCCCGGAACUCCAGCUACGCCAGCCAGCAGAGCAAGAUAUCAGGCUACAGCAUGGAACACUCUCGCUCCUCCAGCUUGACAGACCUCACCCACCGCCGCAAUGCCUCAACCAGCAGCAGUACCUCCGGGAGCCUGGGCACCCCUACCCAGACCCCCCACGUCUUCGCCCACCCCCUCGCAGCAGACCCCCAGACACCAGGAGAGCCAGGCACCAAGCCUGAGAGACCCAUACGGCCCCUACGCCCUGUCCUGCUCUCCAAUAGACCCUCCAGGAGGAAGAAGGACUCUGUGGAAAGCCACCCCACCUGGGUGGACGACACGCGCAUCGACGCCGACGACAUUGUGGACAAAAUCAUCCAGAGCCAGAACUUUGCUGAUGUCAACAACCACAAAGAAGACAGCAACCUCAGAUUGUUUGUCAGCAAAGAUGGGACUACAGCCCUGAGUGGGACACAGCUGGGAAACAGGGUGAUUGCUGGUGCCUUUGAGCCAGUAGUGAUCGAGAGCCACUAACGAUGAAGAUGGAUGGAUGUCAAAUCACUCUAACCCCCCCCUCCCUGUCUCACUCAUUCUCUCAGCUGGUGGGCAAAGGGUACAUGAGGGACACUGAAGACAACUCCACUGUUUUGAACUGUUUUGUGUGUGUGUGUGUGUGUGUGUGNUGUGUGUGUGUGUGUGUGUGUGUGUGUGUGUG